AUGGCUGAGCAAGUCGAUGUUCUCAUCUGUGGCAGCGGGUCUGCGGGGCUUUGCGCGGCUGUCUGGCUAGCACGAUGUGGCAUCAGCUACAAGAUCGUGGAACGCCGAGAUGGCCCGCUCGAGAAUGGCCAAGCAGAUGGUGUGCAGUGUCGGACCGUGGAGAUAUUCGAAAGCUUUGGCAUAGCCGAGGACCUCCUCAAAGAGGCCUAUCAUGUGCUCGAGGUUGCUUUCUGGGCUGCAGAGGGCGAGGGCAUUAAACGUACUCACUACGCAGCCGACACGGAGCCUGGCUUGAGCCAUCAACCUCAUGUCAUCCUGAAUCAGGCGAGGAUAAAUGGCAUGCUGAUUGAAGAGAUAGAGCGGGUGUCCGGAAGCGCGGGGAUUGAGUACGGAUGCGACGUACAAAGCGUGGAAAUUGAUGAUAUCGUUCACGAAGACUCCACCGCUUACUGCGUUACCACCAGAGCCAUUUCUAAUGGGCAACAAAGGGUCUUCCGAUCAAAAUAUGUGUUGGCCUGUGAUGGAGCUCAUAGCGCGGUUAGGAAAUCCCUGGGCUUUGCCAUGGUCGGGGACUCAACGAAUGCCGUCUGGGGUGUUAUGGACCUCCACGCCAGAACUGAUUUCCCCGACAUCCGAAAGAAGGCAAUCAUCCACUCACGCGCCGGAAAUCUCAUGAUCAUCCCCCGCGAGGGUGACUCUAUGGUCCGCUUCUACAUUGAGCUUGGUGAUGCGGCUGUCAGCGACGUCAAGUUAGCUGACUUGCAGGAACGGGCGCGUCGAAUUUUCCACCCCUAUUCCGUGGAGUUUAUGGAGACAGUCUGGUGGUCGGCAUACUCAAUUGGACAGCGCCUGGCUGACAACUUUGCCAAGGCUGGGCGUGUCUUUCUCACAGGUGAUGCUUGCCACACGCAUUCGCCAAAGGCCGGACAGGGGAUGAACGUGAGCCUGCAAGAUGGCUACAACAUUGGCUGGAAGUUGGCAGCAGUUCUCCAGGGCCAAUUUUCUCCCAGAAUUCUGGAAACAUAUGUUUCGGAGCGCCAGAAAACGGCCGCACAGCUGAUCGAUUUUGACCGAUUCUUUACAAAGCUCUUCUCCUCUUCUUACAGACAAGCGAAUGGAAUUUCUUCGCAGAAUUUCAAGGACCAAUUUGUCAAGGCAGGCCGAUACACAGCCGGCCAAGGCGUGAGAUACGAAGAAUCAGUCUUUGUAUCUCCAGGCCCAGCUGAUGAGAGCCUAGCUCGGAGCGUUAUCGUCGGAACGCGCUUCCCCAGCGCCCAGGUUGUCCGGUUCUGCGAUGCCCGCCCAGUGCAAUUGGUGGCAGCACUCCCCGCCGAUUCUCGGUGGCAUGUUGUUGUUUUCGCUGGUGACAUAUUGCAGCAGACAGCGGCCGCCAGGCUUAUCAAGACUGCAGCAGAACUGCAGGGCAUCAUCGAUACCUUUACACCAGAUGGCCAGGAUACUAAUUCCAUCAUCCAAGGAGUGCUUGUGCUUGCGUCCAAUCGUGUCAAGGUUGAACAAAACAUGAUUCCCGAAGUGUUCACCCCGAUAACCGGCAAAUGGAAGAUCAAACAUCUCCAAAAGGUCUUCGUGGAUGACGAGAGUUACAACUCAGGUCAUGGGAAAGCAUACGCAGCAUACGGUAUUCAUCCUGAGGGUUGCUUGAUCAUCAUUCGCCCAGAUCAAUAUGUUGCGAAGAUUUGCUCUUUAGAUAACACAAACGAUGUCCUGAAUUUCUUUAGCCAAUUUUUAAUCUCUAGGUAA